AAAAGUUCAGCUGCUGUUGUCUGUCACAGGUUGAAUAGACCUGAGUCACGUCAUGUAUUUAAUUCGUGGCUUCGUCGUGUGAUGUUGUACGAAGUGUCCGCCUCGUUCUCAACCACAGGCGCACGCAUCUAUUUACAGCAUGCAUUAAAACGUCCUGAGAUAGUUAAUAAUUUUACAUGCAAGUAUUUUUAUGCACUUUAGAGGGCGCUGUUGCGAUAAAUGUGGUAAAGGCACGGUAGCCAUGGAAGUGAAAGUAAAAGUAAAAACAUAUUUCUUAUCGUGCGUUGUUAGAACGUGUAUGAGUAAGCAGCGUUUUCAUAAUUCCUUUUCAGUAGCCUACUUUACGUUGUUCCAGUAUUAGCAUAGUCACAAAAGUGUGUAGCCUACAGACUUUCGUAGACCUCAUGAUGAAAAUCAAGAUGAGAGUUUUCUGUUGGUUUCUGUCGUUGUUCUGCGCUAUCAGGACUGAAGGAUUUGCAGUGCGGGCUCCUGCUAUGUCCCUAGUUGUCCAGUUGGGGGCGUCUGUAACGUUGCCCUGCUCUGUGGAUACCCCACUACCUCUGCACGAGCUGGAGGUGCAGUGGAUGAGGGAGGAUUCUGGAUCCCUGGUGCAUCUGUUCCAGGAAGGAGAGAGUAGGCCAGAAUCACAGAGCCCAGCUUACAGCGGCAGGGCCGAUUUUUUCUCUGAAGAAAUCUCCAAAGGAAACUUCUCUCUGCUGCUUAGGAAUGUCACUAGUGAAGACAAAGGGCUGUACAAGUGCAUAGUUCACACUUUUCACGAGUCCAAUGAAACAAAGGUGAAAAUAGAUGGUAAGAUUGAAUGGCUGGUUGUAACUGGUACAGACCUGCCCGCAUUUGCUUAUGCUGGUGAGGAUGUGAUUCUGUACUGCUUGGUGGACACCCAUGUUCCUUUCAAAGAGUUACAAGUAGAGUGGAUGAAGACAGAUGGGGAAAUCCUGGUGCUGCUGUUCUUUGAGGGCGAGAACAGACCAGAGUCACAGCAUGAGAGAUUCAGGGGACGUGCUGAGUUCUUCACUGAGGAGAUUCCCAAAGGAAACUUCUCUCUGAAACUGAGGGAUGUAAAAACAGAAGACAGAUGGAGAAUUCAUGUGUAAAGUCCAUACAGACAGAGAAUCAGUCAACGCAACGGUGUGGCUGCAAGAACUGGGUAAGUAACGUGAUCACACACAAAUUCACUCCAAAAUGUACAUUUACCAGAUAAGGGGAAAACACAGAGAGUGUAGUGUUUUAAUUUUGAAAUAAGGAUUAAAAACAAAAUGAUGUUAAUGUUGUGAAAGACAACAUUUUAUCUUCAAGUAUGUUUUGUCACUAAUGUCUAACAUUCAGAUAUUAAUUAUUAAAACAGCUGAUUCAGGUGAUGAAUCUAUGCAAAUAAUGUCAGUCAUUUUCUUUUAAUCCAUAAAUUACAGUGAUAAUCCAGUGUAUCAAAAAUACAAAAUCUUCACAAAGUAAUGUUCUUGUGCAUAUGUAUGCUAAUUUCUAAGUUAUAAAAUCAUAGGCCUAUACUUCUGUCUGAAGUCUGUUAUAAGAGCAUUAUUUUUUUCAUGAUUCAGUCUGGGCUUAAGGACACUUCAGCAUGUGUGGGUGUUUUCAUCAGAUCUACCAGUUAAGACUCCUACAUUAAAUAAUUUUCGGUUAGAUUUUAUUAUUGUUUAACAUGUGAUUAAGUUCUGGCCUUAGGACUAAUGAAGAUCUUUUAAAUGCCCCCCUUACACCAAUCAGGCCAAAAUUAUUUUGAUUUAGGCCGUGCUACCAGUUCUUAUAUGCAAUCUUUCAGAUCUUUGUCCUCAUAUGUCCAGCUUACGGUUUAAUGUUACUGGGAAAAUUAGCUCCAACUCGAAGAUAAUCCUUUGGCUCUUGGUUAGCAUAGUUUACUUGCACAGGUGCUUUAAUGAUGUUAUGUCUUUACUCACUGUUGUAUCUUUACUCAUUGUUGUAUUUUUACUUGGUGGUGUAGCUUUACUCAGUGGUGUAUCUUUACACGGUGUGUAUCUUUACUCAGUGGUGGAUCUUUACUCACUGUUGUAUCUUUACUCUGUGGUGUAUUUUUACUUACUGUUGUAUUUUCACUCAGUGGUGUAUAUUUAUCCAGUGGUGGAUCUUUACUCACUGUUGUAUCUUUACUCAGUGGUGGAUAUUUACUCACUGUUGUAUUUUUACUUUGUGGUGUAAAUUUUCUCACUGUUGUAUCUUUACUCACUGUUAUAUCUUUACUCACUGUUGUAUCUUUACUCAGUGGUGGAUCUUUACACGGUGUGUAUCUUUACUCAGUGGUGGAUCUUUACUCACUGUUGUAUCUUUACUCUGUGGUGUAUUUUUACUUACUGUUGUAUUUUCACUCAGUGGUGUAUAUUUAUCCAGUGGUGGAUCUUUACUCACUGUUGUAUCUUUACUCAGUGGUGGAUAUUUUCUCACUGUUGUAUUUUUACUUUGUGGUGUAAAUUUUCUCACUGUUGUAUCUUUACUCACUGUUAUAUCUUUACUCACUGUUGUAUCUUUACUCAGUGGUGGAUCUUUACUCAGUAUUGUAUCUUUACUCAUUGUUGUAGCUUUACACGGUGGGG